UUUUAGGGACCACAGUGCUGGAAAUGCUGGUAUGAAGAAGCGGUUUGAAGGUCUAAAGGUGUACGGCGGUUUCUACGAUAGUGUCCCUGAUGCUACCAACGUGCUAAUGGAUAUAGAAAUGCUGAAGUUUGGGGGCCUGAACUUCACCGCAAUUCACACACCUGGGCACACAGUGGGGCACGUGUCAUAUUUCCUGGAUGGUGCCUCGCUCGGUGCUCCUGACUGUCUAUUCUCAGGGGAUCACCUUUUCCUUGGGGGCUGUGGCAGGAUGUUCGAAUCUCCACCUUUAAAAAUGCUGAAAUCUCUUGACGCAAUUGGACGAUUGAAAAAGGAUACGCUUGUGUGGCCAGGGCACGAGUAUGCCAUGAACAACUUGGAGUUUGCUUGCCACUUGGAACCAGACAAUGAGAAAGCCCGGGAAAAAUAUGAGUGGGUAAAAACUCGACGGGAACGCAGACUCAAAACAUGUCCCUCAACUAUAGAAGAGGAGCUACAGUAUAAUCCAUACCUCCGUCUCAACAAACAAUCCAUACUGCGAGCGGUCGGGGCAAUAUCGUCAGAUGAGACAGAAGCUCUCGGAUCACCAUCUGAUGAAGUGCGGGCACAGGCAUUAUCAGAACUACGUACACAAAAGGAUGGGUUUAAAUACAUACAGUAGAAUUUUAUGUGGUGUUUCGCCUUAUAGUGAAAUAACUGUGUCUGUUGUUGCAUCCUCAAUACCUACCAGGGCUUCUAUAAACUAACAAUUUGCCGGUCUGAAGCGAUUUUACCACGCCGGACCUAUUUCAGGAACAGAAAUAUAUAUAUUUCUGAAAUUUACCUACUUUCAAGUAUACAAUGCUAUAGUGGUGCUUUACUGUUUUAAAUCCACUAGUAUUAAUGUUCACAUUCUUCGCUAUAUAGUGCCACAAUAGUUUAAGCCCAGAAUUAUAGAAAUUCUGGUUUUUCCAACCUAAUCCUCCGGUACAAACAAAAUUAAACCGUUGUAAUAUACACACGUUACUUUGGAAACAAUAGAGUCAUUGGACCGUUACAUGAAUUUCAAUAGCUCGAAAUUCACCUUUUAUUUGUACCGGCAUGGGAAAACCCAGUUAUGGCAAUUCCGGGCUAUAUAUAUUUUGCCAUUGCCUCAUGUCAGCAGAAAAUAUAUGUAUUUUUAAUUCUUAUUCAAGUAUAUUGCAUCAGGUUUGUGCAGUGGUAAGUUACCCUACUGACCAUGGUGUCUAGGGUUCAAAUCUGGCCUGGGCGUAUGUGAUUUCAGUUUGUUUGGUCACUAAGCUGGACUACAGGUUUUCUCAAUUUUUUUCGGCUUCCAAACAACACAAGAUAGAUUCCCGCAUAACAUAAUGCCAACGAGAGUGAUUUAUUUACUGAACUUUAAAAACUUGUUUCACAGUUGUAAAAUGUAUAGGUGUAAACUUAACUAAUGCUGCACAAGUAAAUAUGAUCCAUAGUAUAUAGCAUUUUUGUCCAGCAAAUAUGAUCUUGUGUUAUAAAUCUAUCAAUUGUG